UCAUCACAUUCAUUUCUCUCCUUGGAAGGCAUCACUGUCUGUUUUUGUCUCGCUGUCAUGAACUCUGGAACCUUUUCUGCACCAAAGCAGGCUCCUUCGGGAGCAAAGGUGAGUGAGAGUUGGGGAAAAUGGAAGAAAGCCUGCUGAAGUGUUUACUCGGUUGUGAUUGAGCUUGUUGUGUCCUCUCAAAAGGACACAUGUACGUCUGAAAUUAAUAGUGUCUAAUAUCAUUUGUCCUGAAUUAUCAUUAUGAACGAAUACCACGGUGUCUGGCAUCAUUUUCCCUGAAUUCACGAAUAUAUAACUAUAGCAAAGCAUACCCAUUUUCAAGUGAAUACCCACAUUGUUACGUGUUGUUCUGUUUAUUUUCUGGUUUGCGCUGUGACUAAGACUCUGACUGUUUGAUGACCAUCUGUCCGCUUGCACCGUGGUGUCAAGCUAGUUGUCGGUUUUUACCUGCAAAUGUGAGAAGCACCUUGAGGUGCCUCUAACGAUGCAGAGUUAUAAUGCCAUAUAGUGCACGCAGUUGCAAUGACAAGCCCUUCAGACAGUCCUAUUAUAAUGUGAUUGUGAGUGAGGGUGAACAAAUCCAAAUCUUAAAAUGUGCAAAUGUGUAUGUGGUGAUCCAAAUUUAACUGUGGUGGGCCGCCACAAAUGAAUGAAUGGGAAGACCUGGAUUAUGCGUUACAUGUUUUCUUUACACUCUUGAAAGAUAAAGGUAAUGUCGCAUUUCAGAAAAAGAACAUCAUACCAACAGUAAAAUAUGGUGGUGGUAGUGUGAUGGUCUGGGGCUGUUUUGCUGCUUCAGGACCUGGAAGAAUUGCUGUGAUAAAUGGAACUAUGAAUUCUGCUGUCCUGAAAGAGAAUGUCUUCUGAAUGGCUGAAGAAAAACCAGAUGAAGACUUUGGAGUGGCCUAGUCAAAGUCCUGACCUGAAUCCUAUUGAGAUGCUGUGGCAUGACCUUAAAAAGGCGCUUCAUGCUGGAAAACCCUCCAAUGUGGCUGAAUGACAGCAAUUCCGCAAAGAUGAACAGACCGAAAUUCCUCCACAGCGCUGGACGAGACUCAUUGUGCCACAAUGCUGACUUUGCAGAAUGUAGCCACAGCUCCUCCACUCAUCUGUACUUAAACUACUCAUCUCAGAGGUUCCUGGUCCCUCCAAGGAAGCAUGUUCUUUAUCCUUGUUCUACUCCUUCUUACAUUUUGUUCACCUCACCUUUUCCCCUCUGUGGCAUGCUUGCGGUUAUGCCCUCAUCAGUGCCUUUGUUACGAACACACCGAUCUGGUAGACUGUCACGGCCGUGGGCUCGACCACGUUCCCAGGGGGCUCCCCCACGGCACCUGGCUGCUUGAGGUAGGAGGAAACAACCUGAGUGAGAUAUGCACCAGGGCCUUCACUGGGCUGUGGUCCUUACGGGUUCUACUGCUGGCCAACAGUCAGAUACAGGACAUCCAGCCAGAGGCGUUCUUCUCACUGUCCUACCUGGAGAAAUUGGAUCUCAGCUGGAACCAGAUAACAAGUCUCCCUGCUGACUUCUCUACAAGUCUGUCUGCUCUCAGGGAGCUGCGACUGCAACACAACAACUUACAUCAUCUGUCUGCUUUCAGCUUUGAGUAUCUGGACAACAUUGAGAAACUGGAUCUCAGUCAUAACCAUUUAGUGUCAGUAGGUCCCGGUGUGUUCAGGGGCCUCUCUAGACUCAGACAGCUUUACAUGCACAACAACAGACUGGCUGUAGUGCACCAAGGGAGCCUGGAUAUGCUGCCUGCACUAGAGGUGCUCCAGCUGAGUCACAACAACAUAUCCCAGAUAGACACAAAUGCUCUGGCUUCUCUCUACAGCCUGGCCGUUCUCGUUCUGGAGGGAAACAACCUGCGACACUUGAAAUUUAAAACCUUCAUCAGUCUGCACACAACAGCUACACACAUCCAGCUCGCAGGUAACCCUUGGAGCUGUGACUGUGACCUGCACCGCGUCUUCAGCAAGAUCCUGCACGUUCGUCAUCUCCACAUCGAUGACUACCGGAACGUGACCUGCCACGACCCACCGCAGCUGGCCGGGUCUUCGCUGGCUUGGGUAGACAGCCAGCUGUGCAUUGCGGAGACCGCCACCGUACUUGUGAUCACAGUCACCGUGCUGGUCACGGUGGUGGCGGCCGUGGUCAUGGCGGAAAGGAACAGGAAGAGGAACCAUGGCAAGAACUGGGAUACUGAAUCCCAAAAUCAAAGCCAAAGUCCUCCAUCAUGAGAAGAUGAAGACAUGCUGUUGGAGAAAGAAUAGUCACCAUGUUUAGUGGAUAGCCAGUCCUAAACCACUUGUAUGUACCAUGAGGCUUCAUUUCAUUCAAUAUUCAACAUAUCAUUCAAUACUCAAUAUUUUAGUUAUUUAUUUAUUUAAGAAAUAUACCACCGCACCCCAGAAAACAGCUCUUUUAAGCCGGACUUGCUGUCGGAGUAUGAACAGAAGAACAAGAAGUGAAAUCGAAAUGAAAUUAUAACUAGAACCGGGAGAGGCGAUCCAUUCAGAUCGCUAAUUGUAUGAGAUAGGUUCUCGUCUUGUUUUGUCUGAGGUUGAGAAUAAAGAAAGCUACAUUGUGAAAUCCACCUUGCUCUCUGUCGGAUGAUGUGAUGAAACAAAACUGAUGUAAAAAGGAAUGUUUGACUUUUUCCCACAGGCAGAUAUCAGUACGCAGAUCAGAUUAGACGUGUUUUUUAAGCUUUGUGUUCCCAGUAUAGUGCAUAUUGUACACAGCAUUACUGAGUGUAUCCUGCAAGAGAGUCUUUUAUGUGGUUUAGGAUAAAAAGGUUUUAAGUAUAAAGUGGAACAACAGGGAUUAGAGAGGCGUGUCAUGCUACAGUUAAAGUGCUCUUAUCUACUGAGGACACAAAAUCUUUCAACUCAACUGAGUUGUUAUGUCUGUUGUUAUGUCUGUGUGUAGUGUAUGUGUACGUAUU